UUUCACCUUUCCGAUUUCGUUUGCCGUGUUCAUGAAAUGGCACCUUAUAAAGAGAAAUUUUAACCUCAAUGCAGUUUCGAUUUGUUUCAAUUUUUCGAAUGUGCUGAAUGCGUUUUGUUAUUCUAUAAUAAGUACUUCUUAUCUAUUUCUUAUCGAAAUAUUGAAAUAUCUGUAGAAGAGUUGUUCAAGAUUGUUUCAGACUGAUUGUUAUACCGAAAUCACGUGUACUAUGAUUACGAUAACCUGGAGAUUACUGUUUCCUAUUAAUAGAAAACAAUUUAAUCCGUUAAAUUUCUUUUGCACUAGAGAAUUUGCUUCUGCACAAGACUUUACUACACUUAAAUCAAAACAGAAUGUAGAAAAAGAUCCUAUACCAUCAAAGCCGAAGAAGCCACCAAACGUAUUUAUCUUAUAUUACAACUCUGUAAGAAACAAAUUACAAGAAGAGUAUCCUCAUUGUAAACCAAAGGAACUUUCGAAAAUAGUAUCAGAGAGAUGGGCACAAACCGAUCCGACGAUAAAACAAAAUUUUCAGAAGCAAUUUCGUGAACAAACUUCCAUAUAUAAACAGAAAUUAAUGGAUUAUGAAAAUUCUUUGACUAAUGAACAGAAGAUAAAAAUAAUACAAGAAUUAUUGAAAAAAGGACAUACUUUGAAGAAGAAUGAAAUUAAACAAAAACUUAUGGAACUUGGAAAGCCAAAACGGUCAUUAUCUUCCUUCAUAUUAUUCGUGCAAAGUAAAAAGGAUACCAAAAAACCACAGGAAUCAUAUAAAGAUUGGCUAAAUAAUAUAACUAAUGAAUGGAAAAAUAUGACGAUGAUAAAUAAAAGUAAAUAUAAUGCAGAAGCAAGUGAUUUAUAUAAAAAAUAUAAGAUUGAAAUGCAAACAUGGCAGGAUAAAAUGAUUCAAGCAGGUCAUUAUGAUAUUGUAAAAUCCAAUGUUAAACGUAAACUCGAGACAGAUAAACAUGAAAAAUAGGAUUCAGAGUGCCCCAACCAAUGCAGUAUACCUAUCGUUGAAUCCAUUGCUGCAAAUUUCUCCAAUGUUAGAAUUGAAAAUAACGAAAAUAUUAAAAUAGGUUGGGGCACUAGUACUACACAUUAUACAUUUAAAAAAGAUCCUGAUACUAACAGUGAUCAACGACAUGAAUCUACAAAGGACAUGGUAUUUUAUGAUAAAAAUAUUUUACAAACUACAGUGGAAUGCCCAAGAAAGACGGCAGUGGAUACAUCGAUAAACGAGGUUAAAAAGUCAGUUGUACAACCUCAAGACACACAUAUGUAUACACAGAUAUAUACAUAUUUUGUCUCAACAUGGAAAAGAGUUUUAAUAGUUCUAAAAAAGACUGGUGAAAACUGGAAGAUGAAAUUAUACUAACCCAAAUGAGAUGACUAUUAUGAUGAUGACAGCAGCAGACGUAUAUAUACGAUGAUUUAUGCUAUUUCAACAGUAUACAUACACAUACAUUCAUUAUAUAUUUGCAUUUGA